AUUUGAAAAUUUACAAUUCCACUCGAAACAAUCAAGGUAGAUAUGGAUGCUCUGUCUCGAAUGGUAUUCAACCUGAUCUAUGGACAGAAUUUUCCAUAACCAUUGAAGAAACUUUAAGCUUGUUUGUAAUAUAAUCGUGAUUGAUAAUUGUUUUGGUGGACAAAAUGUUUCUAUUCACUUUGAUUGUUUUCUGUUUAUUCAGAAACCAAGUAAAUGGACAAGAGAGUCCAAAAGUAGCUCCAUUUUCAUCUAUAGUUAAACCAGUAAUCGGUGGGAAGACAUCAUUCACUUGUCAAUCUCUAACGGGAUCAUCUCCAUUUCAGAUUGUUUGGUUCAAGAAUAACAAAGAAAUUCAAGAUUCGAUAGAAACCAGGAUUCGUAAUAAUGAGGACUCAUCAAUGUUAAUCAUUGAUUCAAUCAAAUCAAGUCACUCUGCUAAUUAUACAUGUAAAAUCUCAAAUAGAUUUGGUUAUGACUCUUACUCGAGUGAACUGCUAGUUGAAGGUUCACCAAAUUGGAUUGAGAAACCAACUAAUCUAAAAUUGAAAUAUGGACAAUCAGUUGACAUCAAAUGUCUUGCCUCCGGUUAUCCAUCACCAAGAAUUCAAUGGAAAAGAUUUAAAGGUUCAUCUUGGAAAACAAUUGAUUCCAAUGAUAUGAUUAAGAUCGAUAACAAUUUGAAAAUUAUCAAUAUUUCUCAACAUCAUCAAGGAAAAUAUGGAUGUUCAGCCUCGAAUGGUAUUCAACCUGAUCUAUGGACAGAAUUUGAAAUGAUUGUUGAAGUCAUCAAGUUAAUGGAUUUCAAAGUCCAAAAGUAGCUCCAUUCACAUCUUUAGUUAAACCAGUGAUCGGAGGUAAGACUUCAUUCACUUGUCAAUCUCUUACUGGGUCAACACCAUUGCAAAUAAAUUGGUUGAAAGAUGAUAAACAAAUUGAAGAUUUACCAGCAAUUAAAG